AUGACUGACGGGCAGGUGAUAAAGCGUGCAAGGUAUAAAUCGUCAGUCAAGGACUUUGGAGUUCCUAGUGUUCUGAAAAUGACUCGGGAGAGGUUUUUUUUUAUGCCAAAUGAUCCGAAAUCAUCUGCAAGGCUUAAUGUAGAGUUUAGAUUGGUUAAAGGUCACAAAUUUACCAAGGAGGGUUCCAACAAACAGGCCCUGCUUAAUCUCACAGUGGAUCAGGGAGGAAAUUACAUUUUUGAAUUUGACACUUUUUCUGAUCGUGAUGCUUGUCGUGAAUAUGUUGCAACAGCUAUUGCAGUAUCCGGAGAAGCUGGAAGAGCUGGUUCUGAGAGAUCAGCUGCUCCACUUCAAGAUGAACAACUUAGCCAUGCAGAGAUGGAGCGUCGGAUUAGACUACUGCAGGAGGAUAGUGAGUUGCAGAAACUUCAUAAGCAGUUAGUGAUUGGAGGUGUCCUAUCAGAGGCUGAAUUUUGGGCAACAAGAAAUAAGUUGCUGGAUGAGAAUGCCAGCAGAAAGUCAAAACAACAGGUGGGGUUGAGAAAUGACAUGUUCCAUGUCAAACCAUCUUCUGAUGGUUCGUCUAACAAAGUUACUUUUAAUUUGACACCCGAGAUUAUUCACCAGCCACAAUUUACACAUAUGCCAAGGUCUAUAUGGAAUGUGUUUGGUGGUUGUUGUUUUGGGGAGUGGGAGCAGAUUUUUGCUGAGAAACCGGCUGUACGCCAGACAUUUCUAAAUUUUGUUCCAAGCAAGAUGACAGAAAAAGAGUUCUGGACGAAAUAUUCAAGAGCAGAAUACUUACACAGUACGAAAAAUGUUGUUGUGGCUGCAGCAGAGGCUGCAGAAGAUGAUGAGCUGGCUGUUUUCUUGAAGCAAGAUGACAUGGCAGCAAGUGAAGCUCGGCGGAAAUCAUUUGAGCCCCCCUCGAAGAACCACCACCAUCGACUGACCACCCACGCCCACCCAGCACCACCCAACGAUCGAAGCCCCAAAUCCAAGCACUACCAUCGAGGACCACCACCACUCAUUACACGUUGCAACCCAGUGACCACCAGCGAGGACCACCACCUGCUGCUCGUCCAGCAGAGGUAUCGACCAAUCAAAGAGAAGAUUAUUAAUAUCUGCACCAAUAGCGACAAUCUCUGUUACAUGCCCAUAACACAGCUUUCAUGGAGAGGAUGA